AUGCCAUCAAUUGUAGGAAAUCAAGCCCCAUCUUUUAAAGCCGAAGCCGUUUUCGGUGAUAAUAACUUUGGAGAAGUUAGUUUAUCUGACUUUAUUGGAAAGAAAUAUAUUUUAUUAUAUUUUUACCCAUUAGAUUUUACUUUUGUAUGCCCAUCUGAAAUUAUAGCUUUAGAUAAAGCUCUCGAGUCAUUUAAAGAAAGAAAUGUAGAAUUGUUGGGAUGUAGUGUAGAUAGUAAAUUUACACAUUUAGCAUGGAAAAAAACACCAUUGUCACAAGGAGGUAUUGGAAAUAUUAAGCAUACUUUGAUAUCCGAUAUUUCAAAAAGUAUAGCAAGAAGUUACGAUGUUUUAUUUAACGAAAGUGUAGCAUUAAGAGCGUUUGUUCUCAUAGAUAAACAAGGAGUUGUUCAGCAUCUUCUUGUUAAUAAUUUAGCAUUAGGAAGAUCAGUUGAUGAAAUUUUAAGACUAAUUGAUGCUUUGCAACACCAUGAAAAAUAUGGAGAUGUAUGCCCAGCUAAUUGGAAAAAAGGAAAGGAAUCCAUGAAACCAUCGGAAGAAGGAGUUGCAAAAUAUUUAUCGAGUUUGUAA